AUGAGUAGGUUUGUGAAGAAGAUGGCCAAGAUGUCGCCCCAGAUGAGGGAUCAUAUGUUACGUGAAAGGAACAAAUACAUAUUGCCUACCAUGCCAACUUCAAGGUAUAUUCCUAGGGAGGAUAGAAAAAUUGCCAUGGAAGAUGUUGGCAUCACCGUUGGCGAUUUCGUUUACAUUACGGAAGGUAAGUUCAAGGGUAUCGUUUCGAAAGUCAUAGCUCACUCUCCCGUCCUGGGAACUUUCAAAACAGGAGAUGCCACAAGGCCAAUGAUCGUUCCUAAGGACUUUUGGUCUGAGUCCCAACAGUCCCACCUCAUCGAAUUUCCAGAAGAGAUUCCAGAAGAGCACGUAAAGUUGGCUUCCAGAGAUAGGGAUGAGCAGGGAAACAUCAUUCAUAUUGUUGCAGAUGAGGUCAUCUGCAAGGACCGUUACUACGACCAGUGGCACAAGAGGUGGCUACCAAGAAGAUUUGUCAAGCACCACGAAAAUAUAGAAAUUCCAUGGCCUAUGCCCGAGAAUGACCACACUGAUAGCGGUCGGUCAACGAGAGAAGACGUGGCUCACUUGAAGACUUACGAGAUGCAAACUAUCGCUAAAAGCUUACUUCCUCCAGGAGUCAUCCACGAACUCAGAAACAGAUACUCGAAAUACAAGAGAAAUACUCUUACAGAUAUCGAAGCAAGAAGACUUAAUGAACCAACUAUGCCAUUGACUACUGAGCAAAAAAUCUAUUUGGCUAAGAAGGCCAAGGAACCAAAGAAGAAGCUCGAGCCAUUGGGCGAGGAAGUCAAGGACUACAUUGGCAAGAGAAUGGCCGACCAUCUUUCUAAGAUCGACAACCCAUACCUCUUGGCCCACUUGGAUGCCUUGUCUAAAGUUCAGAUACCAGACUUCAAGAAGACCAUGGAGAAGAUUGAGGAGGACCAGCAUUCAAAACCACAGUAA